AUGCUGCAGGAGGUUGUGACAUUCAAGGAUGUGACUGUGGACUUCACCCAGGAGGAGUGGGGGCUCUUGGACCCCUCUCAGAAGGCGCUGUUCAAGGAGGUCAUGGUGGAGAACACCCGGAAUCUGAUCUCCUUGGGUAAGGGCACCUCUCUCGAUAAUUUCAAAAGGAAGGAAAAUCUUAUUGUUCAUCAGCAAACUCACACUGGAGAAAAACCUUAUGAAUGUAACCAAUGUGGAAAGGGUUUUAGAAGCAAGGGAGGUCUUAUUGGACAUCAGAUGAUGCACACUGGAGAAAAGCCUUAUGAAUGUAACCAAUGUGGAAAGGGUUUUAGAAGCAAGGGAGGUCUUAUUGGACAUCAGAUGAUGCACACUGGAGAGAAGCCUUAUGAAUGUAACCAGUGUGGAAGAAGUUUUAUAAAAAAAGGGGCUCUUAUUUUACAUCAGAGCACCCAUACUGGAGAGAAACCUUAUGAAUGUAACCAAUGUGGAAAAGCUUUUAGAAGGAAGGAAAAUCUUAUUGUUCAUCAGCAAAUACACACUGGAGAGAAACCUUAUGAAUGUAACCAAUGUGGAAAGGGUUUUAGAAGCAAGGGAGGUCUUAUUGGACAUCAGAUGAUGCACACUGGAGAAAAGCCUUAUGAAUGUAACCAAUGUGGAAAGGGUUUUAGAAGCAAGGGAGGUCUUAUUGGACAUCAGAUGAUGCACACUGGAGAGAAGCCUUAUGAAUGUAACCAGUGUGGAAGAAGUUUUAUAAAAAAAGGAGCUCUUAUUUUACAUCAGAGAACCCAUACUGGAGAGAAACCUUAUGAAUGUAACCAAUGUAGAAAGGCUUUUAAAAGGAAGGGAACUCUUAUUGUUCAUCAGCAAACACACACUGGAGAGAAACCUUUUGAAUGUAACCAAUGUGGAAAGCGUUUUAGAAGCAAGGAAGGUCUUAUUGGACAUCAGAGAACCCACACUGGAGAGAAACCUUAUGAAUGUAACCAAUGUGGAAAAGGUUUUAGAAGCAAGGGAGGUCUUGUUGAACAUCAGAUGAUGCACACUGGAGAGAAGCCUUAUGAAUGUAAUCAGUGUGGGAAAAGUUUUAUAAAAAAAGGAGGUCUUAGUUUACAUCAGAGAAUCCACACUGGAGAGAAACCUUAUGAAUGUAACCAGUGUGGAAAGACUUUUAGAAGCAAGGGAGGUCUUAUUGGACAUCAGAUGAUGCAUACUGGAGAGAAGCCUUAUGAAUGUAACCAGUGUGGGAAAAGUUUUAUACAAAAAGGAACUCUUACUGUACAUCAGAGAACCCACACUGGAGAGAAACCUUAUGAAUGUAACCAAUGUGGAAAGGCUUUUAGAAGGAAGGGAAAUCUAAUUGUUCAUCAGCAAACACACACUGGAGAGAAACCUUAUGAAUGUAACCAAUGUGGAAAGCAUUUUAGAAGCAAGGAAGGUCUUAUUGUACAUCAGAGAACCCACACUGGAGAGAAACCUUAUGAAUGUAACCAAUGUGGAAAGGGUUUUAGAAGCAAGGGAGGUCUUAUUGGACAUCAGAUGAUGCACACUGGAGAGAAGCCUUAUGAAUGUAACCAGUGUGAGAAAAGUUUUAUAAAAAAAGGAGCUCUUAUUGUACAUCAGAGAAUCCACACUGGAGAGAAGCCUUAUGAAUGUAAUCAAUGUGGAAAGGCUUUUAGAAGCAAGGAAGGUUUUAUUGCACAUCAGAGAAUCCAUACUGGAGAUAAGCCUUAGGAAGGUAACCAGUGUGGAAAGGCUUUUAGACAAAUCUAGACUUACUGACC